GAAUGAUAUAGGGGAAGUCGUGGUUUAGUUGAAAACCUAAAUAGUGUGUGGUUGGGGGCGAUGGAAGAAGAAGCAGUUGGAGAAGGGUCGGAUGCGGUUGGGCGGGCGAGGAAGCUGCUGUUUCGGCGAAUGCUGGUGGGGAUCAAGGAUGGAAGAUUCUUCUUGGGCGGAUUCUACUGCAUCGACAAGCAAGGCAACAUCAUUCUCCAGGAUGCCGUCGAGUAUCGUACCACUCGCCGAUCCUCUCCCUCUCCCCUCGAACAGAGGUGCCUUGGCCUCAUUCUCAUUCCUCCUUCCUGUCGCGCCACGUGUCAUGUUGAUUGCUCUAUCGACGAACAGUUGUCCCUUCUAUCUCUUACUUAGUUAGUUAUUAUUGUCUUCUCUUUCUUGCAUUUUACUCUUGUAUGUUUAUUAAAACUCUUGCUUCAAACUUUACUAUUAUAAUUUAUUAAGAAGAAGCAGCUAAAUUUGCGAGUCACGCAAGCAUAUAUGUUCAAAGCAGAGGCUACUCUACUUGUAUUCAUUUUAUUGAUCGUUAAUUGUAGUCAAAUUAAGACGUCCUUCAUUAAUGGUAUUGUACUAGAGAGCUCACUUUGAUCAAUUAGGGAAACUUUCUGUGCAGCCUCACAUGUUGUUCCAGAAUCAACUUCUAUCCUUUUGGUUGAGAA